GGCUGCGUUCGCUUGGGUACCUCGGGCGUCUCAUCCUUCCUCCUCACCCUCCUCGGCGUCCUCCUCAGCGUCCUCUCUGUCGGCCUCCUCGGCCCCUCGGCCUCACAGCGCCCCCGGUCCUCCUCCGCGCCCUCCCAGCGCCUGCCGCCAUGGGCCGUCAUCCGCCGCGCCGCGGGGCCGAGGGCAGCUGAAGCGCGGCGCCAAGAUGGGCGAGGGCGGAGCAGGGCCCGAGCGCCAGCCGGAGCAGCCCGGGAGCCCCGCGCGCGCACGCCCGCGCCGCCGCGGGGAUGCCCGCGCCCGCCGCCGCGCCCUGAGCGCCUUUGUCUGCCGCCCGCGCCGCCCGCCUCACUACUGGUCUCGCGGGCCCGCGCCGCGGCCCGGGUCGCGUCCAUGAAGAUGGAGCCGGGCCGGUCGGCCUCCCCAACGGGCGGCCCGGGCCCCGACCCGGAGCCCGGCGGACCCGACUGGCCGGGGGCCGCCCCUACGCCCGCCGACCCCGCCCCGCGCCCUGGGCUGGGCCCGCGGGACCCUGCCGACUUGAGCGCCGAUGGGUCUCUGGGGGCCUCCUACCUGCUGCCGAGUCAGGCCGCCGGCCCCGACCCCGACUCCGACCCCGACCCCGACCCCGACCCCGAUCCCGACCCCGAUCGGCAGCUGACCGAACUCGGCCCGCUUUUUUUCUGGACUGAAGAGUCAGAGGAUUAUGGCUCCCAAAGUUGUCCGGAGAGCGCGUCUCUCCGCGCGCAGGAUUUUAGCGACAGCCACCACAGGAGGGGCGAGGUCGACUUCUUCCCUUCUUUACCCUCGCCCACGGUGGGUGAGUUGACGCUGGAGGUGGGUCCCGUGGACACGCACCUGCCCUCGGACUUGAGCCAGACCCGCUCACCAGCGAGCGAGCCUGCGGGGUGUGCGGAGGACGGCCCCCGCCUCCGGACCGUGUUCGAUGCCCUGGACGGGGAUGGGGACGGCUUCGUCCGCAUGGAGGACUUCGUCCAGUUUGCCACGGUCUACGGGGCUGAGCAGGUGAAGGACUUAACAAAAUACUUGGAUCCCAGUGGGCUCGGCGUGAUCAGUUUUGAAGACUUCUACCAAGGGAUUACGGCGAUCAGAAAUGGAGAUUCUGAUGGCCAGCUGUGCAGCAUCGUACCUGCCCAGGACGAGGAGCCGCAGGCCUGCCCUGAUGAGUUCGAGGACUUUGUUACCUUUGAGGCCAAUGAGGUAACAGACAGCGCAUACAUGGGCUCCGAGAGCACCUACAGCGAGUGCGAGACCUUCACCGAUGAGGACACAAGCAACCUGGUGCAUCCUGAGCUACAGCCUGAAGGGGACAUGGAUAGUGCGGGCGGCUCAGCCAUGCCCUCUGAGUGCCUGGAUGCCCUGGAGGAGCCUGGCCAUGGUGCUCUGCUGCUGCUCCCCGGCAGAUCCCACCUACACAGCCAGUCUGUCGUCACGGUGAUAGGUGAUGAGGAGCAUUUUGAGGACUAUGGUGAGGGCAGUGAGGCAGAACUGUCCCCAGAGACCCUCUGCAAUGGGGAGCACGGCUGCAGAGACCCUACUUUUCUCACCCCCAGCGCCGACCCGCUUGCCACAAAGCUGCACAGCAUCCUCACUGACGAGGCCUUUGAGUUUUACUGUAGCCAGUGCCAUAAACAAAUCAACCGCCUAGAGGAUCUUUCGGCUCGCCUGAAUGAUCUUGAAAAGAAUAGUCCAACGAAGCGGCUCUCCAGCAAGAAGGUGGCAAGGCACCUGCAUCAGUCAGGGGCGCUGACCAUGGAAGCCCUGCAGGACCCUCCCCCAGACCCUGUGGAGGGCAUGGAAGAAGACAUUGCGGACAAGGUUGUCUACUUGGAGAAGCGGGUGUCAGAGCUGGAGAAGGACACCGCUGCCAAUGGGGAGCAACACAGCCGACUGAGGCAGGAAAAUCUCCAGCUGGUGCACAGAGCCAAUGCCCUUGAGGAGCAGUUGAAGGAGCAAGAGCUGAGAGCUUGUGAGAUGAUUCUGGAAGAGACACGGAAGCAGAAGGAGCUCUUGUGCAAGAUGGAGAGAGAGAAGAGCAUUGAGAUCGAGAACCUGCAGGCCAGGCUGCAGCAACUGGACGAGGAGAACAGUGAGCUGAGGUCCUGCACACCCUGUCUGAAGGCCAACAUCGAACGCUUGGAGGAGGAGAAACGGAAGUUGCUGGAUGAGAUUGAAGAGUUGUCACUGCGGCUCAAUGACGAGCAGGAAAACAGGAGGAAGCUGGGGGACAGGCUGAGUCAUGAGAGACACCAAUUCCAGAAAGACAAGGAGGCAACCCAGGAGCUAAUUGAGGACCUGCGGAAGCAGCUGGAGCACCUGCAGCUCUUCAAGCUGGAGGCGGAGCAGAGGAGGGGCCGGAGCAACAGCGUAGGCCUACAGGAGUACAACAGCCGUACCCGGGAGAGCGAGCUGGAGCAGGAGGUCCGCAGGCUGAAGCAGGAUAACCGUAACCUGAAGGAGCAGAACGAUGAGCUCAAUGGACAGAUCAUAAACCUGAGCAUCCAGGGCGCCAAGAACCUCUUCUCCACAUCCUUCUCUGAAUCUCUGGCCGCAGAGAUCAGCUCGGUCUCCCGCGAUGAGCUCAUGGAAGCAAUUCAAAAGCAGGAAGAGAUCAACUUUCGCCUGCAGGAUUACAUUGACAGGAUCAUCGUGGCCAUCAUGGAGACCAACCCGUCCAUCCUGGAGGUCAAGUAGAAGCAGGCAAGCCCAGCCCAGGGUGAUUCUGGACUCCACCAACACCCCAGAGAUGGCCACGGCACACGUGGGCCAAGAAUAGCAGGUCCCAUGCCCACCGAGCCCAGAGCACACAGCUGAGCUGGGGCACAUAAAGAUGGGGUGGUGGAAGAGGGAGAAGGAAAGAGAAGCCCUUGGUCUGGAACCCACAGCAGAUGCAGGUGGCAUUGGGCCUGCUCUCAGCUCUGGCCUUCCCCGGCCCCCCUCCUCUCUGCAGAGAUGUGAGGACAGUGCCUCAUGCUGGGAUGAGCCUCUCCAUGAGCUCCCUUGCGCGUAGUAGACCCUCCCGUUAUCCUGCCCUAUCAGGGAAGAAAAGGAAAUGAAGGAAAUGGAUCCCCACCCCACCUGGGGUGCAGCUAUCCACGUCUGCACAGGCAUCCUGAUCUGGUGCCACUCAAGUUCUGGACCAUCUAGAGGCCCCAGGACCCUUGCACCAGAUGUGGUGGUACAUCCUGCAGAAGGCCGAGCAGGGCAGGCUGUCCAAGGACACAGGUCAAGAGCAGAGAACAAGGCCUUCCCAGCGGCUUGGGGGGUCCCUUGCCCAGCUCUACACGACCACUGCCCAGCACCUGCGCUGCCAGGAGCAGCAGUGUCACCCCCACAGGGAUGCUGGGCCUGCCGCCCACCUUAGCCCGAGCACUGGCCAGGAGCCUCCAAGCACUCCCAGGUGGGCCAAGACCCACCACAAACCGGCUGCUGUUGUGUGUGACUGCGUAUGGGAGGUGUAUGCAUGUGUGUGUGCGUGUAAGCAUGUGUGUUGCCCUGCAUCCCUCCAUCUUCUACGUGGCCCACCUUCUACACUAAGACUUAAGACGUUGCCUCGUAUUGUAUAUUUUGGGGAAAGCCUUGGGUGUAAAUCAGUGUAAACUUGGAGGAGAGAUUUUUCUAUCAUGUAGAGUAGGUAUUUUUUAUAGAUUGAAGGUUGAUCAACUUUUUUAAUACUUCCAAGAGAGAAAACUAUCUGUGUAUACACAUGAAAUAUAUAUAUAUAUGUAUGUAUGUAUGAUAAUAAAUAUGGGAACUCUG